AUGCAUCGCACGUAUUCCAUGCGCCAGUCGAGGGCGCCCACCGCUUCGCAGAUCCAGAACCCACCCCCGCCGCCUUCCUCCACCAAGUCUGGUCGUCUGUUCAAGGGCGGAUUUGGCCAUGCCCUCCGCCACAAAUCUGCUGGUGCAUUCGGCCCAGACCUCGCAAAGAAAUUGUCCCAGCUGGUGAAGAUGGAGAAGAAUGUCAUGCGCAGUCUCGAGCAGGUAGCAAGAGAGCGCAUGGAGGUUGCUCAACAACUAUCCAUCUGGGGAGAGGCUUGCGACGAGGAUGUAUCCGACGUAACCGACAAGCUCGGAGUUCUGCUCUACGAAAUCGGCGAACUCGAAGAUCAAUACGUCGACCGAUAUGACCAAUACCGUGUGACCAUCAAGAGCAUUCGCAAUAUUGAGGCUUCGGUUCAACCUAGUCGAGACCGCAAGCAAAAAAUCACCGAUCAGAUCGCUCAGCUAAAGUACAAGGAGCCCAACUCCCCCAAGAUUGUUGUUCUUGAGCAGGAGUUGGUGCGAGCCGAGGCCGAAUCGCUGGUCGCAGAAGCUCAGCUGUCCAACAUCACACGGGAGAAGAUCAAGGCUGCCUAUACCUACCAAUUCGACGCAUUGAGAGAGCACUGCGAAAAGGUUGCCAUUGUCGCCGGCUACGGAAAGCACCUGCUCGAGCUCAUUGACGACACCCCCGUCACUCCUGGAGAGACGCGUGCAGCCUAUGACGGAUAUGAGGCUAGCAAAGCCAUCAUUCAGGAUUGCGAGGAUGCUUUGACCAACUGGGUCACUUCCCAAGCUGCUGUGUCUUCCAAGUUGUCAACUCGGGCACGCACACUGUCAACGCGCCGCAGAAAUAACAUCAGGGCACGUGCUGAGGGUGGUCAUGACCUUUCGGGCCAAGAUGUCCCGUUGAACGACGACUCUUCGUGGACCCGGGCCCAUAACAAAGAAACCGAGUACAGCGAUGAAGACGAAGAGGAGGACGAUGUCCACCAUUCCGCCACUGGUACUGAUGACGGUCUGAAUGGCGAGACCAGAGGCCGUCAACACGAAAGUAUUGUCGCAUAA